AUGAUCCUGUUUGAAUGCAAAUGUCCUCCAGCAGAGGAUGGGUUUGACAGGUUUGCGUGUCCAUCACCGGACCGUUUGAGUCGAUACAAGUGCAUAGACGCUCACGCGUUGUGCGACGGCUUCAUAGACUGUCCUCAUGCGGAAGACGAGGAUCGGAUGGCGUGUAUGUUUUAUAAAACUACGAAGGCGCAUCUCGACGUUUUGGCGGACGCGUUGCUGCGAUGGGCUCGAGGCCGCUAGAAAUCUUGCUGAAACCUGAGUAUCAAAACCCAAGGAUUGUAUCGUAGACGAAGAAGGCAAAAUUGACGGAAGAAAAAAAACAAAUUUUCGAAGUCUGGAACUUUGAAAGAAAUGGAAGACAAGGAACAGCCGGCGAAAGUCCCUGGAGAAAGCGAAGAAAAAAAAACAAUUGUUUAGCCGCCGACACAACGGAAAAGGAAAAAAUAAUUGAAAGGCAAAAAGUCGAACAAAAUGUAUCCCCCCCCCCCCCCGAUGAUUGAGCAAUUUUUGAGUGCGGGCCACUCAAAAACAGUGUG